GCUAAAAGUUGAGGAAGCCAGAGAAGUUCAGAGCCUCAGAAGGCGACCCAAUGGGGUGAGUGCUGUAGCUCUGCUUGUGGGAGAGAAGUUGCAAGAAGAAGCAACACUUGUGGAUGACCCAUUCCAGAUAAAAUCUGGGGGAAUGGUGGACAUGAAGAAGCUGAAAGAAAGAGGCAAGGACAGGAUUAAUGAAGAGGAAGACCUAAACUUGGGAACUUCCUUCUCAGCUGAAACCAACAGGCGGGAUGAAGAUGCUGACAUGAUGAAGUACAUUGAGACUGAGCUGAAGAAGAGAAAGGGAAUUGUGGAGAAUGAGGAGCAGAAAGUGAAGCUUAAGAAUGCCGAGGACUCUCUGUAUGAGCUGCCAGAGAACAUCCGUGUCUCCUCUGCCAAGAAGACUGAGAAGAUACUGUCCAACCAGAUGCUGAGCGGCAUGCCUGAAGUGGACCUCGGAAUUGACGCAAAAAUAAAAAACAUUAUCUCAACUGAAGAGGCCAAGGCCAAGCUGCUGGCAGAGCAGCAGAACAAAAAGAAAGACAGCGAAACGUCCUUUGUUCCCACCAACAUGGCUGUUAACUAUGUCCAGCACAACCGAUUUUAUCAUGAGGAGCUAAAUGCACCAGUGCGAAGGAACAAAGAAGAGCCAAAGCCCCGUCCACUGAGAGUGGGGGAUACGGAGAGGCCAGAACCUGAGCGAUCUCCUCCAAAUCGCAAACGUCCACUCAAUGAAAAAGCAACAGAUGAUUAUCACUAUGAGAAAUUCAAGAAGAUGAAUAGGCGAUACUGAUGAAGGUGUACUGAAGUCUUUGCAGUUGUUCUUGUUUUCGACUAAUAAAGUACUUUGUGUCAGUGACCUGAAACAGUGAAUGGGGAGAGUCACUACCUUCACGUGCUGGUGUUACCUACAGAGCUUUUCUUGUGAUCUUGUGAAUCAGUUUGCAGGUCAUUGUGAACUCUUUGGUCAGUAAAAUCUUGUAUAUAACUUAUUUUCAGUUAUAAAACUUCUUUUAUAAGAACAUGGGCUUUCAUGGUUGGCAUUUUUCAGUGAGAAAACAACUUGGCUUUUACAGACUUUUUUGCCCUCUUAAAAAUA